CGAUAGGUACCUUUUCCCCCUCUCCGGACGUCCCUGGUUUCCUACGCUGCUGACAGCACCGCGGCGUCGCGUUCGGCCAUGGCUAACUCGAUUCAGUACACACCGCGUCUCACCUUACGAAACACCUGACUAUCGCGAACGUCCGCCAGUCGGUGCGCGCACUAAUUGUUUCCAUCCCGUAUCAACAAGUAUUCUGUGUCUGUCAUCGAAAGAAGUGACAACCGCGUGAUAUACGAACCUUACGGAACCGACCAUCGUGCCGAUAUGUAUCGGUUCACGAAAGACACCAGUUCGCGGAGGUUAUUCGUGCAAGGUACCACCUCGGAUUCGGUGAGUCCAUCUCCUGAACCCGUCGACCUGAAGGCCAUCCACACCAAGAAAAGGCUCUCCACGGAGGUGCUCGGUAGCUCUCUCGAGUCUGUGAAGACCAGCAGGUGUGGUGACGAUGGAAGAAGGAGGAUCACCACCAAGAUCUUGAGGAAGGUCACUACGAUGACCAGGGGGGAAGAGCAAAGUAGAGAUGAAGAUCUAGUCAGACAAGCCAAUGUGAGGAGCAUCGAGAGUGGCAAGGAAGUGGUCGAGUGUACGAAUAAGAAAGUCAAGGUUAGAGCGACUGUAUGGUUAAAUUCUUCGGUUCACUUAUAUUAAAGGAAUUUCUGUCCAACAUUCCUAGAGGUAACAGGUGGUAUUAGGAAUAUCCAUCGGAAUCGGGAGAAUGCUUCAAAUUUGUAAAGGUUGAAGGUUUAAGAUUCCAUGAAAGUUUUAUCUGGAGUCUAAUUUUUAUAGCUUA